AUGGAGACCCAAUUUGUCCGGGCACCGGUACCACACCCAUCACAUUCCUGGAUAUUUGUCCGCUUCGACUUCACGAGGACCCCGCGAGACCAAGGAUUGGAAUUGCGCGCGGCGACUGGCGGUGGACGGAUCGACAGCACCACUGAGCCCGAGAUCCUGGAACCGAGAGAGAUGCAUAAGCGCCCGAACUUUGCCGUGCCACCGCCAGGCCCCAGGAUCGACGGUACCGGGGGACAGGUCGCGAUGAAGAUUGGACCUGUCACUUUCCGAUUUUGA